CCCAUGAGCGGGCCCAAGAAUCCAUCUGCUAUCGUCGGCCCGGCAUUGACGAAGAUAACGCAGAGUCUCCUUCAUUACUCUCACUGCUUACACACAAACACCCUGCUCUAUAUUCGGACACCCAAAUUCACGUACGAAAGAAAUCAGAUAUGGCCGCUAAAAACCCUAAGAAGGCCAAUCUCCUCGAUCACCAUUCCAUCAAGCACAUCCUCGAUGAGUCCGUCUCCGAGGUUCUUACGACCCGUGGAUUUGUCGAGGAUAUGAGGAUGAGCAAUGUAAGGUUGGUUCUGGGGCUGGUUAUCAUUAUUAUCGCUCUUUUUGCCCAGUUUUACAAGAAGAAGUUCCCUGAGAACAAGGACUUUCUUAUUGGUUGCAUCGCAUUAUAUGUAGUGUUCAAUGGAUUAUUGCAGUUGAUAAUCUACACAAAGGAAAAGAACGCGAUCUUGUUUACUUAUCCUCCUGAGGGAUCCUUCACGCGUACUGGUUUGGUGGUCUCCUCAAGAUUGCCAAGAUUUUCUGAUCUCUACACACUUACAAUAGCUAGUUCAGAUCCCAAAUCAAUUUCAGCGGGGAAACCAGUAGAGUUCACCACAAGUGUUACUCAGUGGUUUACCAAGGAUGGAAUUUUGGCGGAGGGCCUUUUCUGGAAAGAUGUUGAUGCACUAAUAGAUGAAUAUGCAGGAGAACCCAAAAAGAAGAAGUGAUUUCAAACUUUUAGGCCUCUUGUAACAGUUCAUCAGAUGGUCAGAAUAGCUACUACGGCUGUUCUGCAACUCGGGUACUGAUGUUCAUCAAAAUUAUACUUUUUGAAUCGAAACUACAAGUUACUGAACAUUCAUCUUAUGACUUUUUCAUGGAGAAAAGAAAGAAAUUCUUGCGUCGACUUUUAUUUUA